UUGUAUCGGAGCUGGUAUGUUUUCAAGUGGUCGUUCCAUUCGAAAGUACAUGGAGGGGGUGGAGUAAUGGUAGUCGUAGUGUCCUUCUGAUGUUGCUCUUCCGCAUUGGACUUAGUAGCAAUGAGCGAUGAGAUUGCAUCCUGCGAGCCUGUUGUUACUAGCAGCGACAGUCAGUGUCCUGGAACCAGUAAUAUUUGCAAGCCAGACAGCUCACUCACAAGUCCAGUCGAAGGUAUAGUAGCUGCAACUGUGGACACAUCUGAAUGUGAUCUCGGCGUGGAGGCCUCUAACACGCAAGUGUUACCUUCGAGUGCAGUCAUUUUUGAACCAGACUGUUGCGAACCUUCAGAUAGCACAGCACAAAGGAUAGCAGAUGAUGUGGCAGCUGCUGACACACCUCCUGAAUGUGAUCUCGGCGUGGCCUCUUCUAACUCACAAGUGUUAUCUUCAAAUGCAGUCACCACGUCACCUCCAACAGAAGUACCAGUGGCUGACUCUGGCAAUGUUGAUAUGGGUGAUGAUACAGCUAUAUCCACGUCACCUUCCACAGUAGCACAAGUAACUGAUUCUGAUGCUGACCCGCACAACACUGUGCCAAUGCAGUCAACACUCGACAAUGUAAAGCUGUUGGGUGAGAAUGACACUUGGAGUGUCACAGCGGCCGAUGACAGUCGAGACGGCGAUCACAAUGGCUCGUUUAUAACAUUAGCUGAUGGUUUACAAAGCAAAGAUAUAAGUGGUCCGGAUGCAGAGAUGUCUGACGUUGAGGACAAUCGCAACCAGAGUGGCUCAGUCUUGUCCAAUAAAGCAGCGCAUGAACAUGCUGAUGACUGCCCAUCAGAGUGUGGGCGAUCGACACCUCCCACGUUCAGUUGUCGUGUAGAUAGUCCGGAGCUGUGCCUAUCUGAUAGUACUGCUGAACAUGUUCACCCGAGCUCUGAUGGGUCUGUAGAUUCUGAUGCUCGCAACUUGGAUUCUGGUCACGCGACUGGAAUGUCCAAGUCACAUUCAACAGUAGCACCAGUGGUUGACUCUGACAAUGUUGAUUCGGGUCAUGAUACGACAAUAUCCACGUCACCUUCAACCGCAGCACCAGUGACGGACUCUGGCAAUGUUGAUUCGGAUAAUGAUACGGCUAUAUCCACGUCACCUUCAACAGAAGCACCAGUGACUGACUCUGCCAAUGUUGAUUCGGAUCAUGAUACGGCUAUAUCCACGUCACCUUCAACCGCAGCAUCAGUGACGGACUCUGGCAAUGUUGAUUCGGAUCAUGAUACGGCUAUAGCCACGUCACCUUCAACAGAAGCACCAGUGGUUGACUCUGCCAAUGUUGAUUCGGAUCAUGAUACGCCCAUAUCCAAGUCACAUUCAACAGCAUCAGUGACUGACUCUGCCAAUGUUGAUUCUGAUCAUGAUACGACUGUAUCCACGUCGCCUUCAACAGCAGCACCAGUGGUUGACUCUGGCAAUGUUGAUUCGGAUCAUGAUACGCCUAUAUCCAAGUCACAUUCAACAGCAGCACCAGUGACUGACUCUGCCAAUGUUGAUUCUGAUCAUGAUACGACUAUAUCCACGUCGCCUUCAACAGCAGCACCAGUGGUUGACUCUGGCAAUGUUGAUUCGGAUCAUGAUACGGCUAUAUCUACGUCGCCUUCAACCGCAGCACCAGUGGUUGACUCCGGCAAUGUUGAUUCGAGUCAUGAUACGGCUAUAUCCACGUCACCUUCAACAGAAGCACCAGUGACCGACUCUGCCAAUGUCGAUUCGGAUCAUGAUACGCCUAUAUCCACGUCACCUUCAACCGCAGCACCAGUGACGGACUCUGCCAAUGUUGAUUCGAAUAAUGAUACGGCUAUAUCCACGUCACCUUCAACAGAAGCACCAGUGACUGACUCUGCCAAUGUUGAUUCGGAUCAUGAUACGGCUAUAUCCACGUCGCCUUCAACCACAGCACCAGUGACGGACUCUGGCAAUGUUGAUUCGGAUCAUGAUACGCCUAUAUCCAAGUCACAUUCAACAGCAGCACCAGUGACUGACUCUGCCAAUGUUGAUUCUGAUCAGGAUACGACUAUAUCCACGUUGCCUUCAACAGCAGCACAAGUGGUUGACUCUGGAAAUGUUGAUUCGGAUCAUGAUACGGCUAUAUCUACGUCGCCUUCAACCGCAGCACCAGUGGUUGACUCUGGCAAUGUUGAUUCGAGUCAUGAUACGGCUAUAUCCACGUCACCUUCAACAGAAGCACCAGUGACCGACUCUGCCAAUGUCGAUUCGGAUAAUGAUACGGCUAUAUCCACGUCACCUUCAACAGAAGCACCAGUGACCGACUCUGCCAAUGUCGAUUCGGAUAAUGAUACGGCUAUAUCCACGUCACCUUCAACAGAAGCACCAGUGACUGACUCUGCCAAUGUUGAUUCGGAUCAUGAUACGGCUAUAUCCACGUCACCUUCAACCGCAGCAUCAGUGACGGACUCUGGCAAUGUUGAUUCGGAUCAUGAUACGCCUAUAUCCAAGUCACAUUCAACAGCAACACCAGUGACUGACUCUGCCAAUGUUGAUUCUGAUCAUGAUACGACUAUAUCCACGUCGCCUUCAACAGCAGCACCAGUGGUUGACUCUGGCAAUGUUGAUUCGGAUAAUGAUACGGCUAUAUCCACGUCACCUUCAACAGAAGCACCAGUGACUGACUCUGCCAAUGUUGAUUCGGAUCAUGAUACGCCUUUAUCCAAGUCACAUUCAACAGCAGCACCAGUGACUGACUCUGCCAAUGUUGAUUCUGAUCAUGAUACGACUAUAUCCACGUCGCCGUCAACAGCAGCACCAGUGGUUGACUCUGGCAAUGUUGAUUCGGAUCAUGAUACGGCUAUAUCUACGUCGCCUUCAACCGCAGCACCAGUGGUUGACUCUGGCAAUGUUGAGUCGAGUCAUGAUGCGGCUAUAUCCACGUCACCUUCAACAGAAGCACCAGUGACCGACUCUGCCAAUGUCGAUUCAGAUCAUGAUACGCCUAUAUCCACGUCACCUUCAACCGCAGCACCAGUGACGGACUCUGCCAAUGUUGAUUCGGAUAAUGAUACGGCUAUAUCCACGUCAUCUUCAACAGAAGCACCAGUGACUGACUCUGGCAAUGUUGAUUCGGAUCAUGAUACGGCUAUAUCCACGUCACCUUCAACCGCAGCCUCAGUGACGGACUCUGGCAAUGUUGAUUCGGAUCAUGAUACGCCCAUAUCCAAGUCACAUUCAAAAGCAACACCAGUGACUGACUCUGCCAAUGUUGAUUCUGAUCAUGAUACGACUAUAUCCACGUCGCCUUCAACCGCAGCACCAGUGGUUGACUCUGGCAAUGUUGAUUCGGAUCAUGAUACGGCUAUAUCCACGUCGCCUUCAACAGCAGCACCAGUGAUUGACUCUGGCAAUGUUGAUUCUGAUCAUCAUACGACUAUAUCCACGUCGCCUUCAACAGCAGCACCAGUGGUUGACUCUGGCAAUGUUGAUUCGGAUCAUGAUACGGCUAUAUCCACGUCGCCUUCAACCGCAGCACCAGUGGUUGACUCUGGCAAUGUUGAUUCGGAUCAUGAUACGACAAUAUCCACGUCACCUUCAACCACAGUACCAGUGACGGACUCUGGCAAUGUUCAUUCGAGUCAUGAUACGGCUAUAUCCACGUCACCUUCAACAGAAGCACCGGUGACUGACUCUGCUAAUGUGGACUCGGAUCAUGAUACGACAAUAUCCACGUCACCUUCAACUGUAGUACCAGUGACUGACUCUGGCAAUUUGGAUCCUGAUACAGCAAUAUCCACGUCAGUGACCGACUCUGGCAAUUUGGAUCCUGAUACAGCAAUAUCCACGUCAGUGACGGACUCUGGCAAUGUUGAUUCAGAUCAUGAUACGCCUAUAUCCACGUCACCUUCAACAGAAGCACCAGUGACUGACCCUGUCAAUGUUGCUUUGGAUCCUGAUACGGCAAUAUCCACGUCAGUGACUGACUCUGGUAAUGUUGAUUCGAGUCAUGAUACGGCAAUAUCCAUGUCACCUUCAACUGCAGUACCAGUGGUUGACUCUGCUAGUGUUGAUUCGGAUCACGAUACGGCAAUACCCAUGCCACCUUCAACAGUAGCACCAGUGACUGACUUUGAUGCUGACCCGCACGACACUGUUGUGUCAAUGCCGUCAACACUCGACAAUGCAAAGCUGUUGGAUGAGAGUGACACUUGGAGUACCACAGCGCCCGAUGACAAUCGAGCAGGUGAUCACAAUGACUCAUUUAUAACAUUAGCCGAUGGUUUACAAUGCAAAGAUAUACGAAGUUCGGAUGCAGAGAUGUCUGACAUCAAGGACCGUCGCGACCAGAGUGGCCCAGACUUGUCCGAUAAAGCUGCGCAUGAACAUGCUGUAGUCUGCCCUUCAGAAUGUAGACGAUCGACACUUCCCAAGUUCAGUUGUCUCGUUGAGGAUGAUGAACUGUGCCUACCUGAUAUUGCUGCUGAAAAUAAUCAGCCGGAUUCUCUUUGGUCUGCGGACCCUGGCACUCGCAACGUUGAUUCUGGUGAUGGGACUGCAAUAUCCACGUCACCUUCAACUGCAGUACCAGUGGUUGACUCUGCCAAUGUUGAUUUGAGUCAAGAUACGGCAAUACCCACGUCACCUUCAACAGUAGCACCAGUGGCUGACUCUGAUGCUGACCCGCACGACACUGUCGUGUCAAUGCAGUCAACACUCGACAAUGCAAAGCUGUUGGAUGAGAGUGACACUUGGAGUACCACAGCGCCCGAUGACAAUCGAGCAGGUGAUCACAAUGACUCAUUUAUAACAUUAGCCGAUGGUUUACAAUGCAAAGAUAUACGAAGUUCGGAUGCAGAGAUGUCUGACAUCAAGGACCGUCGCGACCAGAGUGGCUCAGACUUGUCCGAUAAAGCUGCGCAUGAACAUGCUGUAGUCUGCCCUUCAGAAUGUAGACGAUCGACACUUCCCAAGUUCAGUUGUCUCGUUGAGGAUGAUGAACUGUGCCUACCUGAUAUUGCUGCUGAAAAUAAUCAGCCGAAUUCUCUUUGGUCUGCGGACCCUGGCACUCGCAACGUUGAUUCUGGUGAUGGGACUGCAAUGUCCACGUCACCUUCAACUGCAGUACCAGUGGUUGACUCUGCCAAUGUUGAUUUGAGUCAAGAUACGGCAAUACCCACGUCACCUUCAACAGUAGCACCAGUGGCUGACUCUGAUGCUGACCCGCACGACACUGUCGUGUCAAUGCAGUCAACACUCGACAAUGCAAAGCUGUUGGAUGAGAGUGACACUUGGAGUGUCACAGCGGCCGAUGACAGUCGAGCAGGCGAUCACAAUGACUCGUUUAUAACAUUAGCCGGUGGUUUACAAUGCAAAGAUAUACAUGGUUCGGAUGCAGAAAUGUCUGACAUCGAGGACCGUCGCGACCAGAGUGGCCCAGACUUGUCCAAUAAAGCUGCGCAUGAACAUGCUGUAGUCUGCCCUUCAGAAUGUAGACGAUCGACACUUCCCAAGUUCAGUUGUCUCGUUGAGGAUGAUGAACUGUGCCUACCUGAUAUUGCUGCUGAAAAUAAUCAGCCGAAUUCUCUUUGGUCUGCGGACCCAGGCACUCGCAACGUUGAUUCUGGUCAUGGGACUGAAAUAUCCACGUCACCUUCAACUGCAGUACCAGUGGUUGACUCUGCCAAUGUUGGUUUGAGUCAAGAUACGGCAAAACCUUCAACAGUAGCACCAGUGACUGACUCUGAUGCUGACCAGCACGACACUAUCGUGUCAAUGCAAUCAACACUCGACAAUGCAAAGCUGUUGGAUGAGAGUGACACUUGGAGUGUCACAGCGGCCGAUGACAGUCGAGCAGGCGAUCACAAUGACUCGUUUAUAACAUUAGCCGAUGGUUUACAAUGCAAAGAUAUACGAAGUUCGGAUGCAGAGAUGUCUGACAUUGAGGACCGUCGCGACCAGAGUGGCCCAGUCUUGUCUGAUAAACCAGCGCAUGAAAGUGUGGGUGCCUUUGCGCCAGAAUGUGGUGCAGGAUUGCGUGACACCCCUGGCGACGUGCACAGCAGCGGCCGUAGUGCGUUUGUGACCAGUGGCAAGGCACCUACACAAGAUUCGCUCAUGGAUGGUAGUUUCAGCUUUGACGAGCCAAGCAUCAGCAGCAGAGAAGCCACUAGGACUUACUUCGGCCCGUGCAUGAGUGGUGAAGAGUCCUUCAACGACGGCGACGCCGACGGCAGUAUGUCAAUGCGCAGCAUGAUCUCAGUCAGCGAGUAUCCCCGGCGUGCUGUUGGCCGUGUUAGCGGCAUUUGCAGCGACUCGAUCCUUAAUCAGCCGCUUCCUUCCAGUGCCGGGGAGCACGUGAAGGCUAGAAAGUCCUGUGUGGCAGUGGUCAGUCCCAACUGGACGGUAUCGCGUAGGGACUCUUUCCCAUGUAUUCCGGACAGUGCACGGGGUGCGGGCACAUGUGACUCUGACAGUUCAAACUCAGUCGACGAAAGCGUCCAGUCAAUCCAUGGCAGUGAGUCGCUGGAUGGAGUCGCAGUGGAUCCUGGAGUCCUGUGCAUGUCAAGUCGCUUGUGCUUAUUUGGGGACGGUGAGAGAGAACUGACUACUGUGGACUCGGCUGAUGAAAGUGCCGGCGAAAAUGACAUGUUUCCCAGUCAGUCGGUGCCACCUGGCACAUUGCCACGUUCACAAACCAAGUUCCUUGAACUAUCAAACUCGACCAUUAGGCUUCGACCUGAUUCUCCAUCUCAAGCGACGAUGAUUGAGCACAAUGUUGCUGGUCUGAACAAGCUCAUUUCCGGAGAAGCCUUACACACCUCAGAUCGAUCGUCGGAUGCAGCCACCGUCAGUCGGCUUGCAGAGCACCUGUUGAAAACCGGCUUCGUUUUGGAGCCUAUCGGCGACUCAGCAUUCCUUCUGCGCAGUGCUGUGGCUGCGUAUGCCGAGCGUAUGGAAGCGGGGCCUGUGAAGAAAGAGCCCGAGGUGCUCUCGCUGGCAGAGCACAGAACAUUGCUGAUUGAAGCUACGCGCCAGCAGUCCAAGAUUGUCCAGGAGUCAGAGGCAGCAAAUGCCAAGGCCCUGAAAGAAAUGGAAGAGCAGCACAGUAAGAGUAUCAAGCAACUUCAAGAAGACCUGCAGAAAGUGCGCGAAGAGCUCGCCAACACGCUGAGGGAAAAGGAAAACGCAACGCCAAAGCCAACGGAACCGGUGAAGGUUGAAGUUCCAGCAGCUGCUGCUGCCGCGCCACCGCCGCCGCCACCACCUCCUCCGCCCUCGUCCGAUGGCAGUGCAGGAGCUGCACCACCACCGCCGCCACCUCCUCCACCUGGUGGCAUGGGAGGACCACCGCCGCCGCCUCCGCCACCAGGUGGCUUUCCCGGCGGUGGUCCACCUCCACCUCCACCACCGCCUGGUGGCAUGCCGGGUGCACCUCCACCUCCACCGGGCAUGGGCGGACCACCACCGCCACCCGGCAUGCCUUUCAUACCUGGCAUGGUACCCGGGGGGCAGCAGCAGCAGGGCAAAGUCCGACCCAAUGUCGCUAAACUCAAGAAGCCCAAGGAAUUGAAGCCGCUCUUCUGGAGCCGAAUUCAAUUGAAGCCUACUGGGCCGAAGCCAGACUGUCUUUGGACUAAGCUGUCGGAGCCACUUAUCGACACUGACGAGCUGGAGUCAUUGUUUAUCAAGAAGAGCCCUAACAACAAGUCCAUUGUCAAGUCAAUGAAGGACAUGGGUAAGAAGACGAGCAAGCCGGCAGCUAUCAAGCCGGUCACUGCUCUGGAUGGUAAGCGCUUUCAGUCUGUUGGUAUUGUGAUGAAUGUGCUGCGCAUGUCACUGGAGGAGUUGCAGACCUCUAUGCUCAACUUGGAUGCCACUGUGCUGACGGAGGAGCACAUUCGCAGUUUGUGGGAAGUGCGGCCGCAGGGUGACGAAAUCUCCUCCAUCAAAAGCCUGGCGAAAGGCGAAGCUCCGCUUGACAAGCCCGACACGUUUCUUCUGUCCGUGAACGAGAUCCCAUCUUUCUCGGAGCGUCUGCAGUGUAUGUUGCUGAAGGGCUGCUUUGCUGAGGCACUGUCGGACGUGUCACGCCGUGCUACGGACAUGCUGCUUGUUGUUGACUUCUUGCACAACAGUUCUAGUGUGCACACGCUGCUCGGCUUCGUGCUGGCGUUUGGCAACUGUAUGAACUCUACCAACAACUCGCGUGGCAACGCCGAUGGAUUCCAGCUGGAUCUGCUCUCCAAGCUGCGCGACGUGAAGUCGCACGACAACCAGACGAAUCUCUUGCGUCACUUGUGCAUAAUGUGGAUCAUGCAAGACCCCAACGCGGGCACGAAUGAGUGCAAAUUACCGUUGCCAGAGCCUGCCGACCUCACGCAAGCCACAGCAGUCAAGUUUGACGAGGUCUCUGCCGACCUGCGCAAGCUUGACGAGGAAGUCAAGGGAGCGCAGGCCGCCUACAAGAAGGUCAUCAAGGAGAGCAACAAGACCAACCGAGAGCCGUUCAAGACCAUCAUGGAGGUGUUCCUGUCCAUGGCCACCAGAGAGCUGACAUCUGCACGCUCCUUACUGGAAGAGUGUAUCGAGCGGUUCCAAGCUCUAGUCACAUUCUACCAGGUGAAGCCACAGCCGGGCGAGUCUGAAGUAGCUCCUAAAGACUUUUUCGAACUGUGGAUCCCUUUCACCACUGAAUUCAAGGAGUACUGGAAGAAAGAGCAAAAGGAAGUGCUCAAGGUGAAGGUGGAGAAAGCCAAGGUGAUUGUGGAGGAGAAGAAAGCUAAUGUCAGUGUCAAGGUCAAGGAGUCUUCUGGGCUCAAGGCCAAGAUGCUGGCAAAGAAUCUCCGCAGGACGAUCCGUCGCAACACCAAGGAUGCCGACAAGUAGUCCUGGCUCCAUGGCAGCUACACUAGGCCUCUACCUGGCUCUGUGCACAAGCAGAACAACGUCUUGCUGCUGCUGGUAAGUGUACAGAGUAGAGUGUGAAUUCUCAGCCAUGCUGUGCAUGCCAUGAAGAAACCUGCAUGACUCUAGAUGUGCUUUCCUUUCCUCGGCACAAUUAUUUCUUAGGCUACUUAUGCCGCUUAGGGCUACUCUAUCGGUCUUGCGUUGUCUCGACUCUCCACCGCCGCUUCUAGCUACCGCAUCCUCGUUGUGCGUACGUAUGCAACGUGCUUGCAGCUAGCUCCCCCUGUGCAUUUGCAUUCAUAUCCUAGGUCCUACACCAUCGGCGGUGCUGCUUUGUCCAGCUUUGUGCGGGCUAAGCGUGGAGCUCUACUCGCCUGUUAGCGGUAUGUACAGCAGGUACAUGUAUAGUCCCUGCAUGGCGGCCCAAUUUCAGGUCUAUAUCUAUUCCGAGUCGUGUUUAGCUUGAUAUGCUCCUCUGCACUUGACUCUCCCAGCAUUUCAUUGUUUAUUUUUCGUGUCAUGGGCAUUUACACUGCCUCCCUCUGGAUAUUUCUAUUUCCCAACAAUUUUGGGCCGGUCCCACCUCCCCUCUUUCAAUAGCUGCACUGAAAGUUAGCUUUAAGUUUGAGCUUUGUUAAUGUCGAGCAAUGACAUGCUCAGGUCUAAUUGAUGUUGCUGGCUUUUUUGAGCUCCUUGUUUGUAACUUCUUUUUGUAUCUUAAUCGUAUCUCUCUCUCUCUCUCUCUCUCUCUCUCUCUCUCUCUCUCUCUCUCUCUCUCCCUCUCUCUCUCUCUCUCUCUCUCUCUCUCUCUCUCUCUCUCUCUCUCUCUCUCUCUCUCUCUCUCUCUCUCUCUUUCUUUCUCUCUUUCUUUCUCUCUCUCCCUCCCUCCCUCCCUCUCUCUCUCUCUCUCUCUCUCUCUCUCUCUCUCUCUCUCUCUCUCUCUCUCUCUCUCUCUCUCUCUCUCUCUCUCUCUCUCUCUCUCUCUCUCUCUCUCUCUCUCUCUCUCUCUCUCUCUCUCUCUCUCUCUCUCUCUCUCUCUCUCUCUCUCUCUCUCCCCCCCUCUCUCUCUCUCUGUCUCUCUAACUCACACACACACACACACACACACACACACACACACACACACACACACACACACACACACACACACACACACACACACUCUCUCUCUCUCUCUCUCUCUCUCUCUCUCUCUCUC